UUGCCAAGAGAUGAAUAUUACAAUGGAAGCUUUUCUUAUCUUAUCUGACUGUAUUACACAGAGACACAAUCGUACAAAGAAAUACAAGAGAGAAAAUUUCUCAGUUCCCGUCUAACAGCGAUCGUGAGUGGACACUCAGCGAAUAUUUGCAAUGUGAAACUAAGUGUUUAGUGAUAUAGUUAAGGAGAUGGAUAAAAAUCUGCCCAAUAAUCCGCGGGAAAAUGCCAAUUUUCUCUCAAGGAUCACCUUUUUCUGGAUGAUUAAUCUCUUCAAACUCGGUUAUCGAAAAUCUUUAGAACUCCGUGAUCUCUACAAGCCCCUCGUUGACGACAGAUCAGCAGUUCUGGGUGAUCGUCUUGAAGAAAAGUGGCAAGAUCAGCUGCGAAGUGCUCCGGCGAGGCCGUCACUUAUCAAAGCGAUAGCAAUCACGUUUUGGCGCGAGUACGUCUGUCUUGGCCUGAUUGUUGUGACGAACGACUUCGUGAUUCGCCUAGGGCAGCCGCUCUUACUCCGUCGACUUUUACUCUAUUUUCGGAACGACAGCAACAUAUCUCACACCGAAGCAAUAGUCUGCGCCAUUGGAAUUAUUACACUCAAUGGAUUGGGUGUCUUCACAUCCAACCAUAUUACAUUUUGCGGUUGUCACAACGGCAUGAAAGUGCGUGUCGCAGUAUGCAGUUUGGUGUACCGAAAAGCUUUGCGUUUGUCCAGAGCAGCUCUGGGCAAUGUUGCUCCAGGAAAAGUCGUCAAUCUCCUCUCAAACGAUGUCAACCGAUUCGAUAUGGUGUCCGUGUUUGUCAACUGGCUCUGGUCAGCACCUCUUCUGGCACUCACCAUCGGAUACAUUCUGUACGAACUUGUGGGUGUACCUGCUCUUAUUGGGAUUGCCAUAGUACUUAUCGUAAUGCCACUACAAUCCUUUACGGGACGCUUGGCAUCAAAAUAUCGUUUACAAACAGCUUUGAAGACGGAUGAAAGGGUGCGUUUUAUAGAUGAAGUUAUUUCCGGAGUACAGGUGAUUAAAAUGUAUGCAUGGGAAAAGCCAAUUGAAACAUUAAUCACGACAGCUCGAAAAUUUGAGUUGUCGGUCAUUAGGAAAUGUGCCAAUCUCAGAGGGAUUUACAUGGCCUUUUCCCUCUUUACAACGCGAUUAGCCCUCUUUGGCGCAAUGGUAGCAAUGACUUUGCUCAAAUACGAAAUGACCGCAGCAAGGAUAUUUAUGAUCUCUGCAUAUUAUAAUAUUUUGGGACAUACAAUGUCUCAGAUGUUUGUUCGAGGAGUUGCUGAAGUAUCUGAGGCAAUGGUGUCGUUCAAGCGACUUCAACAGUUUCUAGAACUCGAGGAACACAUUCCUCAGUGUAUCGAUUAUCAGCAAAAGAUGGAGGAAACUGAUUCUUUACUGCAUAAAUUUCCUGUGCAGAGGAAAAAUGAAGAAUUGCUAAUUGCGAAUAAUUUGUCCAUUUCAAUGAAAAAUGUCAGAUGUCGAUGGGAAAACUCCAUCAAAUUUAUCAACAAUGAAAAAAUUUUGUUCAACAAUAAGAAUCAACCAAAUCUCGCAGACAUUAAUUUAGAUAUUAAAACCGGAACACUGGUAGGUGUAAUAGGACCUGUGGGAUCAGGAAAAUCAUCCCUUAUUGAGGCACUACUUCACGAAUUGCCCCCGGAAUCUGGUAGUAUUGCUAUCAACGGACGAGUUCUAUAUGUUUCCCAAAAUUCUUGGAUUUUCGCCGCCACUCUUCAACAAAAUAUUCUAUUUGGUCAGCCGAUGAGACAUGCUAGAUAUCAGCAAACUCUAUCAGCUUGUGCUCUAAAUGAUGAUCUCAAGCAGUUUCCGCAGGGAGACAGAACAAUCAUUGGAGAACGUGGAUCGUCUCUAUCAGGCGGCCAGAAAGCUCGAGUGAAUCUUGCUCGUGCAGUUUACCAAGAGGCGGAUAUUUAUCUAUUGGAUGAUCCAUUAAGUGCUGUAGAUGCCCACGUGGGACGACAAUUGUAUGAUGAAGUGAUAGGUCCCAAGGGAUUGCUACGCCACUCAACAAGAGUCCUCGUGACUCAUCAAAUCCAUUUCCUCAAAGAGGCAGACUGGAUAAUUGAACUGAAAGAGGGCCGAAUUCGGAGACAAGGAUCUCCUUCUAUCAUUUUGGAAAAUACAGAAGAAACUGUAUCGUCGGAAAAUACAAAAAAUGAAAAAACAACUCGAGAAGUGAAUGGCAUACUUGAUAUACAGAACACAGACAAAUUGCCAAGUUUAGAGUUGGAAAAAACAUCAGAAGGAGUUAUCGAUGGUUCCAUUAUUCUUCAGUAUCUGCGAUCAGGAGCAUCCAUCUGUGUCCUGCUGGUUAUUGUAAUGCUUUUUCUGCAAACACAAAUUAUUGCCAGUGCUUCAGACUAUAUCGUGGCCAUUUGGACUCACCAAGGAGAGUUUCAUGAGCCUACUAACUACUAUUUGAUUCUCAAUGGAUGUCUUGUAGGCUCCAUAUUUCUGCUGGCCAUUAUAAGGUCAAUUGGCUUCUAUGAAAUCUGCAUAAAAGCAUCGCAAGAACUACACAACUGCAUGCUCAAGGGUGUCAUAGGAGCAACGAUGCAUUUCUUUGAAACGAAUCCCUCAGGGAGGAUUCUUAAUCGUUUCUCUAGAGAUUUGGGAUCUGUGGAUGAGCUUCUCCCAAAAGUUCUCCUGGAUGCCAGCCAGAUGAUAUUGAGUAUUUGUGGUGCAAUACUCGUUACAGCCACUGUUAAUCCUUUGUUCCUUAUACCCAUCGCUUUCCUAGGAAUUGUGUUCAUCACCGUGCGACAAUGGUACCUGAAAUCGUCCAGGAAUAUUAAAAGACUUGAUGGAAUAACACGUUCUCCAGUUUUCACUCACCUGGCUGCUUCCUUAAGUGGCUUGUCGACAAUUCGAGCUUUUGGAACAGAAAACCGUCUUGUGGAUGAAUUUGACUCUCUCCAAGAUGUGCACUCCUCUGCCUGGUAUCUCUUUAUUUGCUGCACCAGCGCUUUUGGGCAAGUUCUAGACUUUCUCAGUGUUAUCUUCGUGGCAAUUGUGACUUUUACAUUUCUAAUAGUAGACAAUCAAAUGAUUGGAGACAAAGUUGGUCUGGCCAUCACACAAUCUCUCACCCUUACCGGCCUCUUAGGCUGGGGAAUUCGUCAAACUGCUGCAACUUCCAAUGCAUUGAUGUCGGUUGAGAGACUUUUGGAGUAUAAACAACUUGAACCAGAGCCCGAACCAGUUAUUCCAUUGAAGCUAACAAAGUUCUGGCCACUUUGUGGUGAAAUUAUCUUUGACACUGUAUUUUUAAAGUAUCACAAAAAUUCUGAUCCCGUACUCAAGGGGAUUUCCUUUAGAGUAGCUCCCAGAGAGAAAGUAGGAGUUGUGGGGCGCACUGGCGCUGGUAAGACUUCUCUGAUUAGUGCCCUAUUUCGCAUGGCGACGGUUGAGGGAAAAAUCAUGAUCGAUGGAAUAGAUAUAUCAUAUUUGUCGCUUAACGAUUUAAGAUCUCACCUUUCCAUAAUCCCUCAAGAUCCUGUCUUGUUCUCCGGAACACUGCGAAGUAAUCUAGAUCCCUUCGGAGAAUACUCAGACGAUGACCUCUGGCAGGCAUUAAACGAGGUGGAGCUGAAAAGUAUUGCAUCUGACAAAAGUGGUUUGGACAUGCCUGUUAAAGCAGGAGGAAAUAAUUUCAGUGUCGGCCAGAGGCAACUCAUAUGCCUGGCAAGAGCACUCCUGCGCAAUAAUCGAAUACUGGUUCUCGAUGAGGCCACAGCGAAUGUUGAUCCUCGCACAGAUGCUCUCAUUCAAAGAACAAUCAAGGAAAGAUUUAAAAAUUGCACCGUCCUCACGAUCGCCCAUCGUCUCAAUACUAUCAUGGACUCCAAUCGCGUCCUUGUAAUAAGUAAUGGGAUUAUCGCGGAAUUUGCAAGUCCAGAUGAUCUUCUUCAAGAUCCCAACAGUAUUUUCUCAAAAUUACACAAUAAUUGUUGAGUGUGAAGAGUGAAAAUUUACGAAAGAUGAAACCUAAUUUUACUUUAUCUGUAUGCCCCUCAUUUUAGGACAAUAA